UGCCCCUCCUCCACAGUCUUGUUUCUCUCCAUCUCUGCUGUUUGUUCAGAGCUCGGAUCGUGCGUUUAGGUGCAGAGCCCAGACACUUAGGAGGAUUUUAAGGAAAGUCAGACAUAUAGCGUUUUUUUAUUGACAAAAAUCAGCUUCAGCUACGACGACAGACAUUUUAUCACCAUUGCACUGCUGUGUUUAAGUUAAUACAAUGGAUUCAGUGACUCAGUCCGCCCAGAUAUCCUCGUCGCAAGGUUUUGCUGAUGGACAAAACUUUGCUGCCAAAGAAUCGAAGCUAUCCGAUUCCUUUCUUUCCUCUUCGCCUGUAUCUCUCAUUCAGUCUCCUCAAGACAAGGCAGUGGUCCCAGGUUCUGAAAAACCACAUGAAGGUGUAGCUACAUCGCUACACUUUUCUCCCCAACCUGGAUUAUUCUCAGCUAGCACACAUGGGAGCGAAGAGGUGUCAGUAGCUGGACAAGAAGAUUCUCCGGUAAAGAUUUCUCCAGUUUCCGAGCGAAUAAAGGCACUAGAAGCGCUUGCUGCAAAGACGAAGGAACCAGAUUUUAGAGGCAAUGGAGGUUUCACUCCUCUCAAGGACAGGUUCCAUGAGAAAUCUCCCUUUGAGGCAACAAAGUCUCCCUUUGAGAAAGUGAUACCAAGUCUUGACAAACUGGGAGAUUCUGCUGACCAGGAGUCACCCGUUGAAAUCCUUGUAGACAUGAGACAAGUGAAUGAGUUUGAAGAGACGGAGCAGUGGAUAAAGGCUCAUGUACCUCCUGUGCCGGAUUUUGAUGCUGAGGAUUUAAUGAAAGGUGAUGUCGCUUCUCAAUCAAAAGUGAGCGAUGCAGAUGUUCCUGCUGCCUUCGCUGUUGUUCCUGAUGCUUUCAUGGACCGUCCUGUUGAAGCUGAAAAUUUAACAGAUGCUGCACAAAAACCAGGAGUCAAACAAGAGAUUGGAACUAGUUUUUUGCCAACAGCUUACAUGUGGGAUCAAGAUGAAUCGAGUGUUGCAGCUCCCUCAAGUCUCUAUUCAGUAAUUCAGUCUCCACCUGCUCCUCCUACAGGCUUUGGCACUGCAUCUUCUCCUUUAUCUCCUCUCGCUUUCCCAGAUGCUAACCAGAAUGUGUCACAUGAGGAGGUAGCUUCUCUGAGUGGAGAUUUGAAGCAGCAAGAGACGAGUGAAGCAGACAGUUCUGGAGAGUCUGAGGAUACUGUCAUAGAAGAUGAUGUUGUUCCUGCAUCUGUCUCUUUAACAUCUGUUGAUUGCCCCAUUUUAAGUAAUGCUCCCACUGUGCCCAGCUCUACAGCUCUUGACCAUUCUGCCACUAAAAGGGAGAGCCCUCCUCCAAAGUCUGAGCGAAAGCUAAUGCAGGUUCCGACAAUAAACGUUAUUGAAACUGAUGAGCCAAAUUACAGCGAGGAGGAAAUGGAAAUGGAGCCUGAGGCAGAGGAAGAUGAGGACUUUGAGGUUGUUGAAGACCCAAAUAGAGAAGCUCUGAAAACCUCAGAGCCAGAAAACAAUUUAACGCAACUACCCAAAACACGACCCCUGGAAACUGAAUUUAUGGAAGGCUAUUCACCUCCGUCCUCACCUGUGGACUCUGAUGCUGAAUAUUCUCCACAACACAAAAUUCCCAAAUCGAGUUCAGAAACAGAACAUCAACCGCCCCCAUCAAAAUCUGAGGUCCUACCCAGUCCAGCAGAUUUGAUGGACUCGGCAGCGAGUAUUUUCCAAGCACAAUCACAAACCGCCAAACCCCAGAGUGCUUCAGAUCAAGUAAAAGUUGAACCUUCUCCUACUGCAGUCAGAGAUGAAGAAGUUGAUUUCCCAGACAAUGAUGAUGAAUGGUCUGAUGAAGUACCAGAUAUUCUUGUUCAGCCUACAAAAACAGAUUUAAGUUCUUACCCUCAGUCCAGCAUGAAUGAAGAGAAACAUGCAGCACCAAAAGAGGUGUUUGUCAAACCAACACCACUUCCGUUGUCCAGUUUCAUGCAGGAUGAGAUUUAUGACCGACAAUCAUUUGAUUAUGACUUUGAUGCAACAUCUGCCCUGGAUCUCAGUGAAGAUAAACAGCUGAGCAAUGCCAAGGAGCGAUUUCUAUCUGAUCCUGUUCAAAAUGAAGUUCCUAAAGACAUGUUUGAUGAAGACCGCACCAUUUCACUCAAUUAUAAAGAGCGUCGGACAUCUCUAGACGAAGACGUCCAAAACCCUUAUUCCUGCUUUGAAAGUGAAACCAUCAACAGAAUCAGUGAGCCAGAGUUUCUUGAAGAAACAUCCAGCAACGUUGCAGAUUACUUAAAAAGUGGCAACAUCCAUGAGGAACCUAAAAUUUGUCCCAAUGCACCUGACACAACAAGCCCAGUUUCUGAACCUGCAGAUAGUUUUGUGGAGUUCAUGAAGGAAUGUCUGAAAUCUAGGCAGGAUGAAGAAGGUGAUGUCUGUCAAGGUGUUCCCCCUAAGAAGGAGCUCAGCACCACCUCUUCCCACACCUCUCCGAGCAUGGUGAUGGAUCUUGAACAAGAACAUCAUACAAUCAAUGCUCUCAAAGAAUUGGUCUGCAGUCAAGACGAGGAGGUAGUUAACCUUCGGUCUGAAGUUUCCAACCAGAACCAAACCAACCCCAGUUUGACAUGUGUACAGCCAGCUUCAGCUCCCAGUCCUCCAUGUUCCCGAAGCAGCCGAGUGUGUGACAACACACAUUCUAAGGAGGUGGAGGCCAUAGAUGAAUGGGUAGCUGAGGCCUACCAUCUGGCAGAGCAUGUCUUGACAGCAAUACUAACCCACUUAUCAGUUAAGGAUCUGAUCCACUGGCGAGACCCCAAGAAGUCUGGUGUGGUGUUCGGCCUGUCCAUGCUGAUGCUGCUGUCGCUGGCAGCCUUCAGCGUCAUCAGCGUGGUCUCCUACCUGCUGCUCGCCCUGCUCUGCGUCACCAUCACCUUCCGCAUCUACAAGUCUGUCGUGCAGGCGGUGCAGAAGUCCAACGAGGGACACCCAUUCAAAGCGCUGAUCGAGAAAGACGUCAGCGUCCCUCCUGAAACUUUCCGCAAGCACGUGGACUCCAGCCUGACCUACAUCAACCGAGCCCUGAAGCAGAUGAGCCGCCUCUUCCUGGUGGAGGACCUCGUGGACUCCCUGAAGCUGGCUGUGGUCAUGUGGCUGUUGACCUACGUUGGAGCAGUUUUUAACGGAAUCACCAUUCUCAUCCUGGCGGACAUCCUGCUCUUUGCUGUGCCUCCCGUCUAUGAGAAAAAUAAGACCCAGAUUGAUCAUUACAUCGAUCUUGUACGUACUCAAGUCAACACCACACUUGCAAAGUUGCAAGAGAAACUCCCCGGAGCUGUGAAGCGCGCCAAAGCUGAAUGAUCCCACAUCAGAAACCUCCACAUCACCAUCAUCAUCAUCAUCAUCACCCCCGCCCCCCUCUAGCUCCACCCAGUCUUAACUCCCCCCUCCAUCACCACACUUCUACACUGAACCACGCUAGGUAGAAAACCUCCAAGCUACUCCAUGUUCGAUGUAAACUAGCGUGCAGCUUAAGUUAGCGGCGGCUGCGCACACGCUGCAGCCGAGUGGAGACAGAGCGGGUGAAUUAGACUGAACCUAUGACCUGGUUUCAUCAACGGAUGAUGGCUGGCUACAGAAAACCACGUUCCUCUGAGCGUUAGACGGCAUGUUUAAAGAAUCAAGUUGUCCGAAGCAUUGAGCUGUUUUAAGGAUCCAUAAAGUGUGAAUGAAUGAAUUUCAGGAGCUGGUAACGGGUUUCUGUUUCAGUUUGUUUCCAGUCACAGGCACUGUUUUCACCUUUCUGCAAUGCACUGAACUUUGAAAGCCUGUGAGCAGGUUGAAAUCAAAGCCUCUGAGCCAGCUGUGAUGGUUUGGUUUAGUUCACCACCUUGUGUUCAGAUGCAUUAUUUCUCUGAACUGUUUUUAUGUAAAUACACUUUAAGGCAACUAAAAGCUCUACGCUACAUAAACCCCCUUCGCCUUGCUUUUUAUAUGAACUAAAGUCCCGUCAUUCACCGGAGCUCGGACUUCUGCUGCACCCAUUCAGCCCACAAAGUGUUGACUCAUGUUCACGUGUACAUUUUGAUUCUAAUAAUUAUUACUUCUAACUGUUGCUGAACUAAAUGAUAGGUUGGCUGCUUCCUCCUAGCUUCCUAACGGCACUGUAAGAGUUAAGUGUUGCUGUUUUUGAAGCAGUCGCUCCAUCAGAGACCUCUUUAGGAAGAACCGGACAGGUUAACGAUCUCAUCCUCCAAAUCCUAAAUCUCUGAGUGGUUUUCAAAGUGUUGAGUGUAAAAUGUGCUUCAGUUUAUUAGAUUUCCACAGAGUUUGAUAUAAAAGCUGUUGAGUUUAAUUAACGGUAGAAGUUGUCAUUUAAAAAGUUUUAGCUGUGGUACAGUUAGUAAUUCUACCACAAGCUUUAUAUUUUUGUCCUCGUUUAUUCUUAAUGUGGAUUUAUGAUCGAUAUGAGAAGAUUUUGGGCACGUUUUACACUCCAUACUGUUCAGCACUAACUUAGUAAGUUUAGAGAUUAAUUUAAAAAAUAAUUAGUUUGUGCCAUUUGAAUUAGUCCAGCUGGACUUGGUAGAAGUUUUAUUCUAGAUCUAUGUUAUGGUUUUUGUUUUAGCCUCCAUAAAGUGCAUGUCACGUGUCAGCUGGAGGCAGAUUUCACCCCCCACCCCCCCAUCCUUUAGAUUGCAUCACACUUUGAGCCCAGCUUUUGUUUCGUGAGAUGAACUUCUUGUGAUCGUUUCCGUGGUGUUUCUCUUCUUCAGUAAAACCCGUUGUGACGUGUUUUAGCCCUGCAGCUAUGUCUCCAUGUUGUUUCAGAGGAAGUUAAACACCACCUCUGUCAGUGGUUUAUAGUUUAUAUCGUGCCCCCGUGCACGACCUUAGUGUGUGGCGUCGCUGUGAUCUUGUUGGUGUCAGCUCCAGGUUAAAGCGAACGUCUGCAACUUGUCAAUCCACAGCUUCCAUGAUCUGAGAGCUGCAGCUCCGCCAGGAGCCACCGCUACAGACUGGAAGGUCCGAAAAACCCGUUCCCUCAGUUCAGGACACCGUGCACACAUUGACAAUCUGUUCAACAAACCGUGCACGGACUGGCUGUAACAGGUGGUGGUGGUGGUGGUGGUGGGGGGGGGUUGUGUUCAGUGAAUGCAACACUGUACAAAACACAAAAUCAGCCUGUAAUGUUGAAUAACAUCAGUUUAAUGUCCCUCUCAAAUCACAGCAGCUGUUUGUGAAGCAGACGUUUAGUCUGUCAACAGCUCAGGAGCGUGCACGUUUCAUUUAGUUCAGUUCACACUUUGACUUGUUUUCAUUCACGUCCGGGGCGUCUGAUGUCCUGCCGUGGACUGGACGUGCUGGCUCGUUCCUCACAGCCGCUCGACGUUUCUCUGUUCGUAAACCGUGCACGCAUGACAGGGUUUGUAUUCGUGUGCACGGCUAAAAACUGUGAGGGAACGGAUUCUGACAACAAAUUAUUUUCCCACCAUUAAGAGCAGUGCAUUUUAUAUUUGAAUGUGGAAAGUUUCAUAUUGUAGCUUUAAACGCUUGUUUUCAUGUAAUAAAUUAAAACAGUUUGACAGAUGUUGGGCUCACGUUGAUCAAAGUAACUCAAACCUCCUUAUGCAGAUGAUGUGAGUGUAUUUAAUUCCAAUGGACAAAGUCACCAAUUAGUAUUGGGGCCGUUUUGUAAAAAUUCAACUUUAGCUGUUUGGUGCCUCUAAAUCCUGUUGGCUGCUUGUUCUUGCUGACCCGAAGCGUUGUGUUCAGGCCUCGUGAGGACACCAGCUGCAGUAUUUCUUGGAACUUUAGCUGUUGCUUUGUUAGGAGCUGUGCUGGGAAAACUUCAAGCGGACGUCACGAGUUAGAAAUGUUGCUGCUGCAGCCACGCAGCUGUCCAGGUGAACGUGCUCAUAUGAUGGAGUCGGCCGGUUUCGUUGAUUUAUUGUGUCAUAAAUGUAAUCUGCUGCCCUCACAGCACGUUGCUCUUCUUGUUUCUCAGUGAUGAGUGAGUGACAGGAAUGUCUUUCCUUCCAUUUUGCUUUGAGGUCUUCAUUAUUCACUAAGAUCAGCUUGGUUUUGUAGCAGCUACGCCACUGGUUCCGAUAUUUAAAGUUUUUGGAAAGAUGUUGCAGGAAAACAAAAAAAAAAGUGAAAACAGUAUGUGGUUUCUGUACUGAUGUCGAAGUGAAAUGAAUAAAAACAACUCAAAGAU